AUGAACUCAGCCAGUGCCAUGCAUUCUUCCGUUUCCCCUCCCAUAGGAGUUUCUCAUUCUCUCAUGGACAAAUUCUUCGUUCUCGCCGACGAGCGUAGUCCCCGUUAUUCCUCCCUUUGGACUUAUCAUCUCAAUCGCAUCAGGAUCAUCUGCAACCCACAAAACGCCCAAAAUCUAUUCGGGGUUCCUGACGAAUUCUGUGCAAAUAUGCUUAGAUAUCCGUUCAUGCCCGAGGGUAUUAUCAAACAUAAAGUGGCUGCAGCGGUUGCUGAGAAUGAACGUCAGAAUAUGGGGAGCUCCUCGGGAUGA